UAAUAAUACUGGUAUCCGAACAAUGGUGGAAGGAAUUGAAAUUUAAACUGAAUUACGCAGCUUUGGGAAUAUACAAAGAACCGCAUAAAGGCUUCAUCGACCAGCUGGCGUACUCAGUAAGAUAUUUUUGCCAGGGAUAUUUCUUGCUUGUGAUACAGUUUGUCUUCUGACGUGAAUCGUAUCCUCAGCGGGUAAAGUUCAUCGCGAAGAAGCUUGAAGCUUAAAAUUGAAUGUCUGCUGGAUAGUUUUCAUGUCAUUUUACUCACACUUUUGCGAGUUUCAACUUUUAGAUUGUAGAAAGAGCAUUGUGAUGUUGUCGUGACAGUAUUUGUGUGCAUGACUUAGAGCACUUCUGCAAAAUCAAGCAUUUCGCUCAACCCGUACGUUUUAUAUUCUGCCGUAAUUGAAGCCAAUUUAACACGAAGAACUGACUGCUCGACGCCAUGGCCUUUGAAGUACUGUUAGUGUUUUUGGCCAUGUUGAUGGUUACUGAGACAGAACGAGCGAAGCAUUUACCUACAAAACGUCGAUUGUGCCUUUGCGCAGAUCGCGUGCUUCCAUUGCAAUCAUUCCCAGAGGACAAGGAAUCUGCUUUCAUCUCGUGUGAACAGUGGUGCAGUACCAACGAUCUUUCAGGAAUGAUGUCGCAUGGUUCCUCAAGUCAUCUCCGCACACGACGUGAUGACGUGCAACAGUUCACAAAUUGUCCUGCCGGACUAGACCGUAUCGAUGAGAAAUGGCAUAUCAAGAAAGAAAACAUAAGAGCACAUUUCUAUGAUAUUGAAGGCAGCUCUAAAUGGCUUGUUGAAGUGUCCUGGAGUCCAUUUGAAGGUGGCACCAAAGGCUGGGAUAAUUAUUACAUGAGGUACUUCACUGGAGGAAAUCGUAUAUAUCAGAAUUACUCCUGCCUGAUGCUUCCAAAGAACCGAACAAGUGUGAACAUCACUUCCUCACUCCAACCGAGGAAAAUCACUCUAACUGUGACCGCUCUUCCAAACCCAAAGGAUAUACCUAGCGGAGGAAUGCCAAAUUUGGUUUUAGAGCCUUUUACUCCACCUCAGAUGCGUAGCCCUCUCGAAUACACUCCUGCAGUUGUUUCUGUCCACUUGACAUUAAAACCAACAUCAGAGCGUGAGAAUUUGAUCGUAACUUAUGUGUCAAUCGCCGUUGGAAGCCUCGUUGGAAUAAUUUUUGCUGUUUGCUUGCUGAAAUAUUUGUGUCGUCGUAAGACAAGCAUCCCUUUACCAACAGAUUUCAAAUUUCACGCUUUUAUAAUAUACAACAAAGAAGAUGAAAGAUGGGUAAAGGAAAAGCUUCUAAAAUUCUUGGAAGGAGAACACGGUUUGAGGGUUUGCAUUCACUACAGAGACUUUACCCCUGGGAUUCCUUUCACAAAGAGUAUGGCAGAUAGUGUUUACCUCAGCCACAAGAUCAUUGCUGUUUAUUCGAGCAACUUUUUGCGGAGUAAAUAUUGUGAUUACGAGCUUGAACUUGCCAAGUACCGCCUCUUGAACAAGCGGGACAACUGUCUGAUUGUUAUAAGGAUUGACAAUUCGGAGUUCAAAGACCUUCCUCCAGAGCUUCGCGGUAGAAGCUGUAUCGACUAUGCUGAUAGGACGGAGAGACAAUUCUGGAAAAGCAGACUUGUCAAGUUUUUGGAUGUUCCAAAGGAACCAAGUCACGGAGAGGUAGAAGUAGAGGCGGACCCUGAUAGUAAUGCCUUUACUCCUGGAGUCACCACCGAAGGACCUCAUAGACGGACGGAGAGUAGAUUUCUCAGACUGGACAGUUCGAUAAGUACUUCCACAGAAUUAUCCAUUGUUACUCUAAACGAGGAAAAUCCGGUCUAACUUUUAUUAACAUCUCAUUGUAUUAAGUGUGUGUGACACGGGUUCUUGUAUAUACUAAAAAAAAACAGCGAUCAUUUAUACCUAAUACUGUUACUCCCAAGAAUGAUCAACUCGAAACUUCUUCCCAGAGUUCAGUGCAUUUUUAAGCAAACAACUGAAAAGAAUAUGCAAUGUAUCAGCUGGAGGCAUGGUAUCAUGAUGCAAUAACAAGCUCUCAUAGUAGGAAAGCAUAGCAACACCAGAGGAAUAAAGCUCAACCUCUUUCUUCAUCGCAACUAGAACGGAGUACGAACACAAUCGUGGGAGUUAGAGUACUUCACUUUCCCGGGGACGCCACCUCCUUGCCUAUAGGUUGUUGAUGUAUAUAACCAAAGAAAAAACUAUCAUUUAGUCAUCUUAUGUUACUAAAGAGCAAUGCGAGUUUAAAUUGCAUUUUUAUUUUUAAGCUGAGCGCGUUUGUCUUUUAUUCUGCCAUUACAGCAUCUAUGAACGUAUCCAAAUGAUGCUGUGAUCUUAUUGUAAAUGCUUCGGAGGAUUCCCUUUUUGGUAAAAAGUGAUGUUCGUAAGGAUGUGAAUAAUGACACAAAGAGUGAGCAUCCCUGAGCGAAAAAAUAUCCCCCUUCUUACCCCCCCUCGGAAGACGCGACGUAAUCCACAAUGUACUGGCUAGUCCACCCGUGCGUAUGCUGUAAAAUAUUAAGCAACUUAACCGUCUCUAGAAACAUGUUUAAUUAAACCUUCUUAUAACAGAAUGAAAAUACGUUUGGGUUGUCAAUGUGGAUUGUAAUUAUCAUAACACGCAUAAGCCAGAGGCGUCCAGGAUAGAACCAAGUUUUGUCUCGAAAUUGUUGAGGGGGAUUAAAUGAAAACAAACAAAGAAA